AUGUACGCCAAGCUCAAUACCCCGUAUGAGGACAUGAGUAUUGCGAUUGUCUGCAGUGCGAUUAAGCGCGGGGAUGCCACAGAGUUGGACAGUGUGCUGAAGCAAGGUCGCCUCCCAUUACAUAAAUGGUGUUACCGAUGGGGAGUGUUACCUCUACAAUUUGCUGCUCAGUACGGUAGGAAAGAGGUUAUAAAGGUCUUGAUUAAACAUGGAUAUCCGCGACAUUAUAACUUAGGGUACCACUAUCGGUAUGCGCUGGCUGUUGCCGCGCAGAAUAACAAUGAGGGGGGGUUAGAGGCUUGGUUAGAAUCCUCCUCCUCCUCUUCCUCUGGAUCGUCCGUAUCCGAACGUGGUUUGGAAACAUCAUUGGCGAUCCAGUAUGGUCUACCAGAUGUUGUUCGUCAUUUCCUGGACCUGGAAGGUAAUGACAUCCACAUGCAUACGGAGAGUUUCUUCAAGGGGUUGCUGAUGACAGCUAUCCUUGAGUGCAAUGCUGAAACCAGGCCGCAGGUUGUUCGCCUACUUCUGAAGUACGGAGUUGAUCCAAAUCACACAUUUACUGAAAGGAGACAAAGAGUGUCAGGGACACCACUGCAGAGGACUAUCCUCAAAGGGGAUGUUGAAACGAUGAGAUCUCUUGUGGAAUAUGGGGCUGAUGUCAAUGCCACUUCUGUGGGAAGACAUGGUCGUUGA